CGGCAGUGUCUGCCGUGCUGGAAUCGCUGAGCAGUCGCCGCGACCGCGUCCGAAUCGCGUGUGACCCGUGCGCGACCAACUCGGGAGCACUAGGAUUUCCGUGGAUGCGGGUAUGCUUGGUAAACUUAACGGAACUUUGUGAGAUGGCAAACCCUUCACUGACCCCGUGCGUAUCAUGACUACUGGUACGACCUGCUCGUCUGACUGAGUCUCCCCCACCAGCCACGCCUUACCCAAAGCAAUAAUAAUGUCCAAGUCGCUCAUCCUCAUCAUCGACCUGGACACCAUACAUCCCUAUUCCUUACCCUUAGCGACCCUAUUGUCCCCGCAGCGACUCCGGUACUACUCGGAAUGACCCUCCACUAAACCCCCUUCCACCCUCUGCCUGCGCCCUCCCGACACCCGCCGAGAUGCUCCGACUAGCCACGAUCACCAAGGUCGCCGUCAUCCAAUUUGUGCUACUCCUCACUCAGGUGGAAAGCGAACAGCAAAGGCAGUACGCGAACCCCGUGCAGGGGAGGAUUUUCUUCGCGAUUGCUGCGCCUCCGAGCGCGCAAAGCUACAUCCGCGCGUUCAACCGGACCCUGUCGAACAUAACCCAGGGGUUCGUGAUCAACGGGAACGAGAACGGUGCCAGCUACAAUCUAACUCUGGACACGUUAGCGAUCGACCUUCCGGAGAACGGUAGCUUCAGCGCCCAGCUGCUGGAGUCGGUGUGCGGGAAGCUGGAGGGCAGGCGCGUGGUCGCGGUGCUCAUUGUGGGACAUUCUCAGGCUGCUUUUACGGUCUCCAUGACGGCCAAGCAUGCCGGCAUACCGGUGCUCUGGGCCAAGGGACGAGGAGGCUUCCUGCCAGGAUUCAAGAGUCUGGUAAGUACAAAUGAGUUCAAUUCAUAAUCUGAUUGGCUUCGAAUUGUGAUGAAA